AUGCCGACGCCGGUUAGAUACGCCGUUUGCGGCGCGAUUAUCGUUGGUUCUGCCGGCGUGGGGUUCGCGGCCGGCAGCAAGUUUCAGCCGCCUGUGGGACAGGUCGCUGGUGCCGUGGUGCUCGGCGCGCUUGGCGCGGGAGCCGCGCACGUGGUGAACUCUGCUAGUAAGGAGGUCGCUGCGGCGGAUUUGCACAACACGCUUGUGCGUUUAUCGGAUCCGCUUCAACUGAGACGAGGCGAGGCUGCGGAUAUCGCAAAUAAGUAUGGCGUGAGCCUGGAGGACGAGAGGUACCGGGCGGAAAUGAAGGAUCUUUACGAAAAAUUUGUUUCGUCCGUGAUUCCGCCCGGCAACGAGCCGCUGAGGGGCGACGAGUCGGAUCUGAUUUCCCGCUUUAAGGCUUCGAUGGGCCUCGAGGACGAGGAUGCUGCUGCCGCUCAUAUCGAGGUGGGGCGACGCAUUUUCCGCCAGAGGCUGGAGACGGGCGACAAGGAGGCCGCCUUCGAGGAGCGACAGGCGUUCCAGAAGCUGGUGUACGUGUCGAACCUGGUGUUUGGCGAGAAGUCCAAGUUCCUGCUGCCGUGGAAGCGCAUCUUCAAAGUCAGCGACGCGCAGGUCGACAUUGCUGUGCGCAACAACUCGCAGGCGCUGCUGCAGGCGCAGCUCGACGCCACCAAGGGAGAUUUCACUGUGGAGAACCUCAAGGAGCUCCGGGCGAUGCAGAAGAAAUACAAGCUGUCGGACGAUCUUGCUGCGGACAUGGUUCGGGCGGAGGCUCGGAAGCGAGUGGAGGAGUACAUUAACGAGGCGCUAGAGGUGCUCAAGGCGCGCACACGCGUCAAGGACACGGCCAAGGUGGUGGACGAUCUGGACGCUAUGAGGGCGUACAACGCACACCUGGCUGCGCUCACCAAGGCUGCUGCGCCCGAUGACCUCCUGCCCGGCAUCGGCCCCGUCUCCGUCUUUGGUGGUGGGUACGACACGGACAGGCAGAUGGACGAUCUGAAGCUGCUCUACAAGACGUACCUCUCAGAGGCACUCAACGCCCCCCGCCUCACCUCCGCCCAGACGGAGGCCCUAGCAGAGUUGAGGAAUACCUUUGGGAUGGGCAAGAGGGAGGCGGAGGAGGCGUCAGACGAGGUGACUCGCAAGGUGUACCGCCGCAAGCUGGCGAACCUCGUCACGGGCGGCGAACUGGACCGGGCGGCAAGCAAGGCGGAGGUGCUGCAGGAGCUCUGCGAUUCGCUCAAGUUUGACCCAGAGAAGGCUGCCCAGAUCCAUGAAGAGAUCUACCGGCAGAAGCUGCAGCAGUGUCUGGCGGAUAAGUCUCUCAGAGAUGAGGACGUAUCAGCUCUGAACCGCCUGCGCGUGCUGCUGUGCGUGCCCAAGUCAGCGGUGGACAAGGCGCAUGGAGACAUCUGUGGAGGCAUCUUCACCAAGGUGGUGGACGAUGCCAUUGGCGCCGGUAUCGACGGCUAUGACGGCGACAUGCGCGAUGCUGUCAGGGCCGCUGUCAAGGGGCUCAGACUUCCUCUCCAGUCCGCUCUCGACAUCGCCACCAAGGCGGUCCGUGCCGUCUUCCUGACAUACAUCAAGCGUGCACGAGGCACCAUGAGCCGAGCGGAGGGAGCGAGGGAGCUCAAGAAGAUGGUCAUCUUCUCCAACCUCACUGUCUCCCAACUGCUCGACGACAUCCGAGGCAAGACCGACGAGCCUGCCGCCAAGCCUGCAGGCUCGGCAGCCACCGGCGAAGGCUCGGGCCCAGCCGUGACAGCCGAGGCUGAGAAGGAGGAGGAGAAGGAGGCAGAGGAGGAGGGGUAUGACGAUGAGAUGCCGCUGCUGCAGUCGAUGAGGAAGACCAAGGGGCUGCAGAAGGAGGGCAAGGCACAGAAGGAGGUGUCUGUGAAAGAGGACCUGGAUCUGAGGGAACGCCUGGACCUCUACAAGUCGUUCCUGCUGUUCUGCCUGCAAGGGGACACCACCGGCAUGCCCAUGGGAACCAGCCUCACUGUCCAGAGGGACACUUCGGAUUUUAUCCGCCUGUCGCAGCUGGGGGAUAUUCUCGGGUUGACCCCUCAGGAGGUCUCGUCUGUGCAUCAGGGUCUGGCGGAGCAGGCGUUUAAGGUGCAAGCGCAGACGCUGCUGGCUGACGGGCAGCUGACCAAGGCCCGUGCAGAGCAGCUCAAGAUCAUGCAGCGGGAACUGGGCCUGCCGGACGCUGCUGCGCAGAAGGUGGUGCAGUCUAUAACGAGUACGAAGAUGGCGGGCGCGAUCGACGCGGCGAUCAAGGCCGGGCGGCUGAGCGUAGACGAAGUAAAGCAGCUCAAGGAGAGCGGGGUGGAUAUCGGCAGCAUGGUGGCCGAGAAGGUUCGCCUGCAGAUGUACACCAAGCUGGUUCAGAAGGAGUUUGACAAGGGCACGGGGGAUUUCGACGAGAAGGAGCUGCUGGAGAAGCUGCCGGGAGAUCUGGGGCUGGAGGAGGAGGUGGCGCGGAAAACGGUGAAGGAGAUUGCGAGGGAGCGGCUCAAGGGGUCGCUGGUGCUGGCCGUGUCGAACCUCCGGCAGAAGAAGCCCGACCUCGUGGUGGCGGUGUUGAACAACAUGCUGGCGUGCGACAAGGCAGACUCGGCAACGGAGGCGCUGAAAUGGUCGGUGAAGGAGGAGCUGCUGGAUCUCUACUCGCUCUUCCUCAGCAAGCAUGAUGCUCAGAGCAGCGCCGCCGGCCGCAUGCGGGAGCUCCUCGGGAUUGACGAUGAGACGGCCGCGUCGCUCUCGGAGAUUGUGUCCAAGGGAGGGUUUAAUCUGGAUUUGGACUCGUCUGUGGAGGAGAACUUUGUGUUUUAG